AUGGAUGGGGAUGACAAGCAGCAGAUUGAAGAUGACUGUAUUUCAAUUAGUACAAGCUUGAUUGAGCAGGCUGAGGCCAUUCAGGGGCUGUCUCAGGCCGAGAUUUUGAAUGUGGCCAAGUUAACAGGGUCCCACACUGAGGAGGAUUCUGAUGGGGAGGAUUACACUGUAGAUGACAUACAAGGGGUCCUGGAGAAUAAUGAAUACACUGAUGCUAUAUCUGUUCAGAGAGAGGAAUUGAGACCAGACAGCUUAUCACCUGAAGAAGACCAAUCCUCUCAGUACUCUGAUGCAUGGAGUGUCAAACCAAGUGAUAAAAAAAAUCCUCAACCACUUAGUAAUAAAACAAACAAUAGUUUGAUUGAACCAGCCAGUGACAUAGCCAUUACUUUAACACAAUCACAUUCCUCCCCAUCUGUGAUUCCAGAAUUACAAACGGACCAGGAGGAUUCUCUCAUCCCUCCCCAAAUUAAUGAUGAUAGUGAUGCUUCAGACAAGUCCUCUAAGAGUGGGUCUGCUGGCCAUGUGUUAAAAAUAGUAGAAUCCUGGGAGGGGAAUAUAGAUGAAUACAACUUAGUAGGAAGAGAAACGAAAUCCCCUCACUCAGGAUCAGGUGACACACUUGAAUCCCCAAGGUCAGAUUCAUCAGGGGACAUCUCUUCCCCUAGGUCAGGAACUCAAGGGCUUUCCUCUUCAGAGGAGAAGAAUCCAUGGAAACCUUCAGCCUAUAAGACAGCACCACAACCUCUGCCAGGCAUGGUGAAACCCAGUAUAUAUUCCUUGGCUAGGAAUAGUAAUCUGGAUCCUAACUUUGUCCCUGAACACAUUCCUGAAGAGAAUCUCUAUGAAUGUGUUGCACCUGUAAAAGAGGCAGUAGAGAAGAAACCCUCUCCAUAUGAUCCACCGUGGUCUGAUGACUACACUGACCCAAGAGAGUCUGUAAAGGGGGGUAGUAAACCACCCAAAGUGGCAAAUGGGAAAGAAUCAGAUAGCAGCCAUAUUGAUCCCACUACCGGUGAACCUCUGUAUGACACACCUGUGGACUUCAGUGGAAGUUAUGACCAUCUCAAUCUGUUCAAAGCUCGGAAACAGACUUCCGUAACUGAGCAUCCAUAUGGCAUCCACAGCGGGAAAAGUCUGCAGGCAUCCACAGAGCAAGGGAGAAUGUACAAGAAGAAACAAACCAAGAAAGAUCCUCCAAAAACAUAUGAAGUAGAAAAACAUCCCGAGUUCCAGGGGUCAGGAAAAUAUGAUGAAGUUGCUGAUGGAAGUGAUGAGGAACUCUAUGAGCCUGUGGGUAGACAGUCAAGUCCCAGUGACCCCCGUUCCUCAACAAUUAACAGCACAUUAUCCUGGGGGUCAGACUUCAGCAGGGAAGGCUCUGAAGAGGAAGAAAAUGGCACAUUGGAGUAUCCUGAUAAGCCACUCCCCCCAGUUCCAGACCCAUCCAAGCUACGACGAGGUUCACCUGAGGAAGAGUGUCCAGUCAAACCUGUCAACAUCAACCUGGAAAAACACCCACCCCCAAGUCUCCCACCCUCCCCAGAGGGCCUGACAAAAGAACAGGAGAAGAAAGCUCACGUGGUAAGGAGCAUCAUUGAAAGUGAGAAAUCCUACAUGGAUUCACUCAGUAGAAUUGUCAAUGACUACAAGAGUGAUAUCCUGUUCAAAUAUAACCUGGACAAGGAGUGUGUUCGAGUGGUUUUCUCAAAGGCUCAGGAAAUUCUCCAUCACCAUAUGAUGUUCCAGAUAGAACUAGCAGAAAGUGUGUCGAAGUGGUACACAGAGGAGAAAAUAGGAGGAAUAUUCACUGCUUCAUUUUCUAGAGACAUGGUUGUGAAUGUGUACAGUGAAUAUGUGAAUAACUUUGCCAUGACUAUGGAGGAAAUAAAGGCAGCUCAGCUCUCUAAACCAGGCUUAGAGGAAUUCCUUAAUAACAUGUCUAAGAGGAGUGUAGACCGCCUUAACUUGUUUGGUCUGAUGGUAAAACCAAUCCAGAGGUUUCCUCAGUUCAUCAUGCUCAUUAAGGAUUUGUUGAAGUAUACGCCACACCACCAUCAUGACCGAUCCUCUCUCCAGACAGCUCUCACAGAUCUCGAGAAUGUCACACACAUCCUUAAUGAGCGUAAACGGGAGUCUGAGGAACUCUUCCAAGCCAAAAAACUACAAAAGGUGCUGAACUUUAAGGUCCCAGGAGAGAGACACCCUCGGCUUGUCAGACAGGAUGACAUGGAAGAGGUGAGCCAAGACAGAAGUGUUGCUACCAAGAUCAGGAAGCUGUAUCUGCUAGAUGACUGCAUUAUCUGCUGCUCUGUGCAGGGAAAUAAUCAGCAAAAAGUAAAAUGGAUGAAGCCUAUUCAAGAAUUAGAAUUAAAGGAUACUGCCAUUACUCCAGACAUGCAAAGUAUCUUAAGAGUCAACUCCAACAAAUUCAGUAUACAAUCACCUGUUGUAGAGUGUAAGGAGGAUGACCUUUUUAACCUUCACAGUGACAUCAGUGACAUGAUGCAUGAUGUGACAGUCCUCGGACAAAUAAGCACACUUGUCAACUCUCUCAAACUCUCCUAUGAGUGUAUAACAGAGGAGAAAAUCCAGGAAGCCAAGGCAGAUCUUCAGCUGAAAAUCCAGGCCAAAGACCAACAACUCCAGGUCCUCAAUAGCUCUACAAUCACCCUACAGGAUGCCAAGUAUGGGGGGAGAGAGUAUCGGAAUAUAUUUCAAACCACUUCACCUGAAAUAAAACAGGAAUGGAGCAUUGACUUUAUCAUGACAAAACUCACAAAAGACCCACUGAACAAUCCCAGCUGGUUCAUGUCUGGUGUGACUGGGAAACCAAAAUCCAUUCACCAACCAGCCAUGUAUGUCAAGCAUAUGUCGGUAGACCUGCCAAAACACUUCACUAAGGUGAAGUGUGCUGUACCUGUGUAUCUGUCUGAUGGGGGAGGUAACUCUGACAAUAGUUUGCAGCAUCUCUGGGUUGUCACAACAUCAGAAACUCGGGCUCAGGUCUCCCUCGUCUCGGUCCAGACAACAAGACUCGCUCUCAUUGAAUCCUUCAAGGCAGCAGACACAGAGAUUGUUACCGUGGAAACAGUCCCAGCCAUCUCAUUGACUGAACAAGAUGAACCAUUUGUAGAGGACACAAUAUGGAUGUCCACUGAAAAGUGCGAGAUUCUGGUAUACAGUCUAUUGGAUGAGAAUGGGGUGAGAAACUUUACCACUGGUGGACGAAAACCUCGCAGUAAAUUCUACUGUCAUGGCAUUGCCGUGGCAAUGAAAUACGCAGAUGACAGAGUGUUUGUUGGACUCAGGGAUGGAAAACUCAUUAUAUAUGACAGAGAUGAUACAACUGGAAAGUGGAAGGUGGAAGCUCCCAGUAUAGUUGAGAUUGGAAGUGACAUGCCCAUCUCCUGUAUCAUAGCUAUAGAGGACGAAAUAUGGGUGGCCUGUAGUGAUACAAUUUACAUCAUCCCAGUGGACGAAAAUCAAUUUAAGAACAGAAAACAAUUUUUACAAUGGGAUCAACUGGUGUGCGAUGGAGAUGCUGUGAUAUCAGAAAUGGUCAGAUCUGGUUGUGGUCUGUGGAUGUCAUUCAAAGACAAAUCGUAUGUCCGACUUUAUCACAUUGAGACCAGGGAAAAUCUUCAGGAAAUUAACAUUGGGUCCACUGUGGACAGAAUGAUGUCUGAGAGUAAAUACAGUUCUGAGGAAAAAAUUCCCAAGACUACAACUGUGACCAGUUUGAUGGCUAGUCGUGGGUUACUGUGGGUGGGGACAAGCCUUGGUAUUGUAUGUUCCCUCCCACUGCCACGGCUACGGGAUGGGGUACCCCUGAUUAAAGGUCGACCAGAUGUGUCACUUCAUUCUCACAAUGGACCAGUGCAGUUUCUUAUUCCCAUUUACUGCGGGACUGUAAACUUAUGGCAGAGAGCCCAGGGUUUGCAGUCCACAGAAUCUCUAGCAUGGAGAGAGAAUGCCACUAGUGUGAAGAGGCGGAAAGGUAGCAGGGAUUCUGUGGAUGAGGAAAAUCCCAAACAAGACAAUAUCGUUGAACCAGAGAUAUCUGAGGUUAAAACAAAUGGACCCACAGUCACAGAAACUGAAAUUAAUUAUGACAUUGGAAGUAAUAGUCUUGAUAAGCGAAAAUCAAAAUCUGCUGAAAACUUAGUUUCAAGGUCCCCUGUGGCAGAUUUUUUAAAAUCUGAAAACAUUCAGAGCAAAGCCUUAACACUGAGGACGGAGUUAAUGCAGAAAUUGGCCAAAAGAAACAUGGCCACCCCAGAUACCAGUUCUCAGGGGGACGAAAACGAAAUCAGGAUGUACUAUGGAGAUUUAAUGGCAAAUGAGGAUUAUAGAAAAGAUCAAGCACCAUUAAAACGUGAUAUUUCACCACAAGGAAAUCCCAAACUACGUAAAGAUGAAAAAUCAGAGACAGGUAAAUCCACAAAACUAAAGAAAAGAGUCUCGGAUAACUUAAAAAACUUCAAAAGAAGUAUUACUCAGAGGCCCUCUUUUCGUGCUCAUGGUAAUGAUCGUGCGUGUUCUUCUGUGUACGAGACGCUGAGGAGGAGGAACUGUAACGCUGUGGUGGUGGUCAGUGGAGGCGACGGCUACAUAGAUUGGAGGAAUGCCACCCAGACACACAAAAUACACAGCACAGAAGCCUCCAUGAUGUUGUGGAUUUACAAAUUCUGAGAAAUUUGCCACAGUGUGCAAGUCUAGUUGAGCUGGAUUUUCAUUUUUAGCACUAAAUGAUUUACUUUGUUUCACUUCAAGUAUUUUAUGGGAGGUUGUUAGAGAAAGCAGAGAAAAGUGUUCAUUGAUAAAAUUUACAAGUAUUAUGAUUGACAUUCUAAACAACCAAUUUUUAGGGGUUUACAUCCAUUUGCAGUUUCUAGAGAGGAGCACACUGCAGUCAUGUUCAACAGAUUUGUUCAUCAUGAAGCUUCAGGUUUCUACUUGGUGCUUGUAUUUGUCAAUAUUUAUGGGACAAACUGAAUUGUGUAAAUGCACAGUUAAUACUACCACUAAUUAUUUUUUUAUUACUAUUUUCAUUAUUUAGAUGAUUAUUAUUAUCAUUAUAAGGCCUUUCUACAAGGUUUUGGAAGUUAUAAAUACCUCAACAAAUCUGAAGAACACUUGGAGUAUUUACUUAUUCUGUUCUUAGACUUUGCAUGAAAUCCACAGAAUUCUUCCUUCUCCUCUCUGUAGACAUAAAUAUGAAGUAUACAAUUUAAAUAGGUAAUUCGGCUAUGUCGAUUUCAGAAAUAUUAAUUUUUUAAAAAUAAUUGGGCUAAUUUAUUGUUAUUAGUCAACAGUUUGAACUUUGUCAUGAUUGUCAUGAACUACUAGUAAAUGAGGUGGAUCGAGACUUCACAUAAGGGUGAAUGUCAUUGCCAAAUCAAGUCAAGGUUAAUGUUGUGUAAAAUAAAAAACAACAUAAAAAAAAAAGAAUGAAAAGAAUUUGCCACCAAGGGAAUUUUCCACUCAUGUGUUGUAUAAUAACUUUUUUUACCGUUUAUUUUAAAAAUUUUAAAUCACUGAACCAUGCACCAGUAAAAUAUUUGGUAUUCCAUGCUAUGUAUGCAAUAUUUUAAUCAAACAUGUCUAAAACAUAAGGCAACCAAGUCAUCAGCUAAAUUGACCUAAAAUACAUGUACUGAAUAGACUUGUAAGUAAACUGUUAUUUGAUGAAUGUAUACUUGUAAUUGUUAAAUACUUUGGUUGUUUAUUUGUUAUUUUAGAUUUUUAAACCAGUAUUGUUUUUUUUAAUAUGAUUUAAUAUUAUUUGCCAUAGGCAAAUUUGUUAUUGUUUUUAUAAAUAUACCUUAUCUUCUGUAUUCAAGUGGGGAAAAUCCUCUUUAUUGUAAGUAGUUUGAUUUGCAGUAGUAUAUGUAUCAUUUUUCCUUUAGGUUUCUUGUAUUUAAAAGUUCAUCUAUUCUUGAACUACCACCUAUGAGCAAGAAUAUGAGUUUCUUUUGUAAGUGUUUAUCCUAUACCAAACAGAAAUAAAGGGUAAGUUUUCAUAAUAACUUAUUAAAGAAACAAAAGAAACACAGCAUCUUUAAACAUCCCAAGCUGGUUUAUAAAAAUAAAUCUUUAAUUUUUUAGUUUACAGUUGAACUACAGUAUCUUGAACACUGAUAUCUCGAAUACAAAUGGAUAUUUCAAACUGAUUUAGAAGUCCAAACUACUUAUUCUUUAAGUAUUUUAUCCUCAAAAUCUUGAAUCCUCAGAUAUCUCGAAGUUUCUUCUCAGUCCCAUUGAGUUCGAAAUAACGAGGUUUGACUGUAUUUGUAAUUGAAUAAAAAGUGAAUCAUUUGAUUGAAAUGUAAAUAUGAGUAGUGAAUUUUGUAUUUUUUUAUGAAAAUUUUAUGAGAUAUAAAAAUGGACUUUUCAAACAAGCAUGUUCUUCAUGAAGCAAUAACAUAUUUCAUAUUUUCAAUGUUACACAUACCCCAUAAUAAUAAGCUCAAAUUCAAAACUGAAGAUUGUAAUCAAGAAUGUAGAAUCAAGACAUAGGUGCCUUCAUCAUCCAAAAGAAAUAAUUUUACUAUAAUUUGUCAUAUCUUGACUGUUAUAAACAGUUUCAACUUAGAUUCAAAACUGUCCCAGAAAGAUAUAUAUAUGUAUAUAGAGGUAAUUUGUGUGCAAUAUUCAUUGUAAAUAUUUAUCUACUCUGUAUACAACAGGGUGCUCAUCUAUUUUUGGUGCAGAAAAAUGUGAUAUUUUUAAUGCUAACAUUUUAUACUUAAAAAUCACAUUCCUUGAAUAUACUUAGAUGAGAAAAUAUUGAAAGGCAGAAUUAUUAUUUUCUUCUCUUUUUCUUUUUUUUUUAACAUACCAAGAGUUGUUUUGUAACAUUUUUUUUUUUACCUUUAAGAACCAUUUGCUUAGAUUUUUAUACAAUUUUAAUGUCAUAAUUAGCAUGAAAGUUUGAAUAACGCCCAUCCA